AUGGCCGAGCAAUUUGAAAGGUUCUUCAGGUACAUUGUCAAUCCGGACAAACCAAGAUUGAAGCUUCCCGACGCUCUAAACCAUCAAUAUAGCCAACUUGUACCGGUUCAGUGCACCAUUAACACAAGAGAAGGGCGGAGGUAUCUCGUUAAGCUGAGAGGUAAUUGCUUUCGGGUGGUUUUUGCCGAAGGGUGGCUAAACUUUGUGCGUGGUGAGGAGAUUAAGACCGACAACUGUCUGUGGUUUGACCGCACAUCGCUUACGGAUUUCAUAGUCACAGUGCACACGGACAAUCAAGUUGAGCGUCCACUUCGCCACCGCUUCACGCUAGAAAUCAAGAAAACCCAUGUUGAACGUGCACGUUUGCCAGUUCCUAUAAAUUUUUGGCGAUCUUAUGUCCUUACCGACCCCAGCGACACUUUCAGAGCAAUUUUGGAGUUUGAGGGGAUGACAUAUGAACUACGAAUAGUUCAAGGGCAUGGAAAGGUUUUGAUGCAAAAUUUGGAUGCGGAGGAAUUUGUGGAGGCUACCGAAAUGGUUGAAGGCUCAAUUUUGUGCUUCACAUUAGUUCCGUAUUAUUGUGUUCGUUUCGAGAGUGAGGUUGGCACAUGCAUGUGGCAGGAAGUCUUGUCUCAUUCAUUCAUUAGGUUUAAAAAGGAAACUGCUCAAACAUAUUGUAAAAUGCAAUCAAAUGCACAAAGUAGCAGUCAUACGACACGUGGGUCCAACUACUCAAGCACGUCCCAUGCGUCAACGAACAAUGACACACCGCCAGUCUACGAAAUUGCAUCCCCAGAUAUUGUUAGAGAUUAUCCCUUGGGUGUUUUCGACAUACACGCAAAGACCGUCUUUAUUGACGAGGACGAUCGUGAGGAAGCACUUGAGCUUUGGCCAUUAGCAGACCAUUAUUGUAGCAACAAUCCUGAGCCUCUAUGGGAAACCUUGAAGAUAAUUUUUGAACCACUACGGCUUGACCCAUAUCCCGGUGAAACGAGGGCGAUGGAUGAACGUAACCGUCGCAAGCUUGACCAAGUUAUUCGCGACUACUGGGCCGAAGAAAGACGUAUGGCAACACAAAGAAGAAGGAGAGGAAAUUGAGAUUGGUCUCGCACAUGUACUUUUAAUAAUAAUGACUUCCCUUUCAUUGUCGGACAUGUGUAAUCUUCAUCGGUGUAUUUA